UUUAAUAUUUGGGGCUAGGAGGCGUGACUUACUGCGUUGCGUAGCGGGAAAGGAGACGCGGCCACUCAAAGUGUUACGUACGAAGAGGGGAGGGUGAAAAAACAGCGCGAAAUCUGCGGACGGAGCGCGCUACUGAGGAAGUCUGAGACCCACCCGUGUCAUCCGUCUCCAUCCUUCAUUCAAUGGCCGAUACACAGGAGAAAAAAGAGGAGCAUGAAACCUCUGUUGAAAAUGUAGAGGAUACCAAUCACGACCCCCAUUUUGAACCUAUUGUUUCAUUGCCAGAACAAGAGAUUAAAACACUUGAGGAGGAUGAAGAAGAGUUAUUUAAGAUGCGGGCAAAGCUGUUCCGGUUUGCUUCUGAGAAUGACCCACCUGAGUGGAAAGAACGAGGUACUGGAGACGUGAAGCUGUUAAAACACAAGGAGAAGGGAACAAUUCGUCUUCUAAUGAGGAGAGACAAGACACUUAAGAUCUGUGCAAAUCACCUUGUUACACCUUCAAUGGAGUUAAAGCCAAAUGCAGGAAGUGAUAGAGCGUGGGUCUGGAACACAUAUGCAGAUUAUGCUGAUGAAGCUCCAAAACCAGAACUACUGGCAAUUCGAUUUUUAAAUGCUGAAAAUGCCCAGAAGUUUAAAGCAAAGUUUGAAGACUGCAAAAAUGAAAUUAAGAAAAAUGAAUUGAGUGAUCUGGGUGACGUGAAAAAGGAUACAACCAAAAAUGAUAGCGCUGACAAAGUGGCAGAAAAACUAGAAGAGCUGUCUGUGAAGGAGAUUAAAGAGAAGGAAGAGGACACCAAGAAAGAAAAAGCAGAAAACCAGCAAUAAGUCAUCUUGAGCCUUGUACUUUUUAUUUUUUACAAGGGACUUUAUAACAAAGAAAAAAAGAACUGAGUUCAAAUAUUCAGGUUGUUUUUUUUUUUUUUUUCUCUAAGCUUUGUCCUUCAGAAGACUUCUUCAGAAUAAUUCAUUCCCCAGUCAUGAAAAUGUACUGUGUUCACUUUCUUUUUCCAUAGUGGAAACACUUAUUUAUAGUCAUCCAAAAGAAUGAAUAAAAAUAGUUUGUAGAAUGUAUCAAAGAAUGAGAUUUGGAUUUGAUAAUUUUUAUGCAUAAAUAUUAGUUCUCCAUGGUUGGUAGUGUUCUUUUACAACACACACAAGUACACAUAACCAUGCAACUAGAACUUUUGCCUAAUGCAUGUAGGUUUGUCAUAUUAAAAGGAAUGAAUGGGUUAUUUUGACCUAUUAGGAUGAAUUUGAAUAAAUCUGUGCUGAGUGACUAAAUCUUGACUUUGUAUAAAUGGUUUUAUAGGGAAUAAUUCUUCCAAGGAAGAUACCAACUGCUUUGUUUUUUUGUCUCUUCCCCUCCUUACUCUGAACAGUUGUACAAUAGCAACACUACACUUUCUGAUACCACAUCACCAAAGUACAGAUGUAUAGUAACAAGGUUUCUCUCCUCUCUCUCCCCCCUCCUUUUUAUGGAAACCAAUAUUCAUAUACUCAGUAAAAUGUUUAGUUCAGUAACUUUUCUGCCUAACCUGGAACAUGUAUAGUGUUAAUUUAAGGGUAAUGAUGAUAAUUUUAAAAAAAGUUAAUGGAAAAUAUCAGUAAGACUUGUUACAGUUGGUAAUAUAGCUGUGAAAUUAAGUUAUAGGUCAGUUCCUUUUUUAUUUGAUUUUGUACUUAACCCUUUUUUUAAUAAAUGUAAUGUCAUUAGAGUAGGGCUCAAUUUAAACCAGGGAGCCAGUGGCUCCUAGAAUUUUGCCCAUGGCUCCUUUUUUGGGUUAAACGGAUUUAUUUAUUUUUUAUUGAUUUUUUUUCUAACCCCUGCAUUAGAGUAAUCCAUUCUGUGCCUUUUCCUUUGGCUUACUAGUACGUACUUGGGUUAAAUGGAAUACCAUAUACAGACAUCUCUAAUAACAGUCUUUAAUUACCAGGUGGGUUUACAACCAGAUUGUGAGCUAAAAUAAGAUUAUACUUCAGUCAUUUAGUGAGUUUAGUUAUAAACCUUUAUUUUUGUAGAACUUUUAUAUGAAGUUAUGUCACAUUUCAGUGGAUCCAUUGGGGACAUCUUGGUAGCGGUUUAUUACUGGUUUUAUCUUUGGCUGCUGACAUGAACUUUCAGUCAUUGAAGUGUGAAACUUGCACAAUAUUUUAUUCAUGUGUAGAAGAAACUAGAAUAGCUUUUUAUUGUACUUAAAAUCUAGAUAUGCACUAGAAUAAAUGUUUGCCGAAAAUAAAUCCUAAUUUGGCUAUAA